AUCCGCGUUGGCUCGAUUGUCUCACAUGUUUCACUACAUAGCUCGACAGUGUUCCGAGUUGAAUUCAUAACAUGGCAAAGACAUUCCCCUACAAUCUUCAUUCAGUACUUUUCCUGUGGAUAGCUCUGGGUCAUAGUGAGGCGGCAUUAACAUGGCCCACUGGGACGUAUGGUAUACCCAGAGCAAAAGUUGGCUGUCCUGUGACGGUGAAUUCCACAGUAUGGGCCGUAGGAUGGCGAUUUGAAGACACUGAAGACCACAAAUCAAUCACCUCUAAAUCACCGAGUUCUCAUCUUGAUGCAGAGGUGGGCAGAGAUAUCAACAGAACGUUCUGUAUUAAGGCAAAGGACAACAUCACUGAGGAGGCUGGCGAGUGGCCACAAGGCAGAUAUUGUAUUUACAAGAAAGGUGAUUGCCCCAGAGGACUGAAAGAAGGUUACGUAUUUUGGGACGACGAAAACGAUAAGAACAUCAACGAUCAAGGAGGGACACUUCCCGAUGGCAAAUACGACAAGGACACUUUUAUAUACUAUUGUUGCAGAACCGACGGAGACAAAUUUAAGCCCAUCCCCCUCCCCCUAAUCAGUCCGUUUUACCUUAUGCCUUUCAACACGUCAGAGUGCCAGCGCGUGCAAGGCGCCAUGGCCUCAAAGGAGUACGUUUUAUUUGACAGUGAAGAUCACAACAACCAAAAUGCGCGUAAUGGAAGCUAUCCCUUCGUAGCACGAGGGGGGGAUCACCGAGUCUUUUAUUGUUACUAUGAAGGUUGUCUCUAUACAUACGGCUUGGAUAACGACGAGCGGAUAUUAUUCAUCUCUCCAAAAUUCUUUAACAGUGGAUUUCCGUCGGAGCAGAAGUGCACGUGGCAAUUUGUUGCUCGAGAGAAGGGAAAUAAGGUGCAUAUUACCUUUCUGGAGACACAUAUAAGAGAAGGCGACAGUAUUGUUAUCCGUAAUGGCUGGAGGAGUGGAUCAGUCGUGGGUAAAAUAGAUCCAAAAAAUCCCUUAAAUCCCGAGGGAUAUUCGUCACAGAACAAUUUUCUUCUCGUGGAGUUUAAUUCAAAGUCUUCCUUAACACCUAGGAUUCCUCAUCCCAAAGGUUUCCGCGGAAUAUUCAAAAUUAUUUCAAAUGAAGUUCGACAGGGUCCUAAAUGGCCAAAUGGUACAUACGGGCUCCCCCGCCCCAGGGCCGGCUGUCCUCCGAGAUCAGACGACAUCUUCUGGGAGACUGGAUGGAGGUUUCAGGACACUGAAGACAACCAACCUGAUAACAUAGUAUCUGAGAGCUUCCACAUGGAUGCCACGGUCAAUAAAGAUGACAUUAAUAAAAGCUUUUGCAUUGCUACGCAGGAUAAGGGAGUAGAAUGGCCAAAAGGUCAGUAUUGCAUUUACAAAAAAGAAGCUUGCCCCAAAGGCCUCUCUGAGGGAUAUAUAUUGUUUGAUGACGAAAACCGCAAAAACCGGAAUAGGAUGGGAGGGACACUUCCAGACGGAAUAUACAACAAAGAUACCAAUAUAUCGUAUUGUUGUCGGACGGAUGGUGACAAAUUGGAGCCUGUCACCCUCCCUGUGAGCAAUCCUUUUUACUUGCUGGCCUACAACACAUCUGAGUGUCAGCAGGUUAAUGGAGCUAUCGCUACAAAGGAGUUUAUACGCUAUGACACCGAAGACGAUGUUCAUAACAGAGACCAGGUUAAUGGUGCUUAUCCUUGUGUGAAAGGAAAGAAUUUGACGAUUACUUACUGUUAUUAUCAAGCCUGUCAUUACACCAUGAGUGAGACUCCUCAGGAGUUCAUGUCACCUUUUUACCGCAGUGGUGAUGGCUACCCGAACUCACAGCUCUGCACCUGGCGAUUCUUGAUACAGGAGAAAAACCCUAAAUCACAGCAGAUCCUAAUCAAGUUCCCAGAGUUCAAUUUAAGAAAAGAUGGGGACGGUGACGUGGUGAGGAUUUACAGCGGCUGGGACGAGAAGACAAAACUUCUUGCAGAAUUUAAUGGUGAUCACCCACCCCCAACCAAGGGUGUGGCAACUGACUCCUCUGUGGUGUAUGUGGUAUUCAAAUCUGACUCACAAGCCCGCUCCAAGGGUUUCAGAGGAGUUUUCUUAAAUCAGACAUACAAUGCUGCUUCUGUACCAACACGACCCAUAACGAUUCCAACACGGCCCAUUCCAGUGAAAACAAAUGAAACUUCAGUUAAAGAAAAGACGAACGAGACAACUACAGUAACCACAGCAAGUGCCAGUUUAAACCUAACGACGACAAAAUCCGAAGGUUCGCAGAGCGCUCGUUCAGGAAAGCACGGUGUUCCAACUGUUAUAAUAGUGGUGGUGGUAAUUGCAAUAUUGAUUGGCAUAGCGGUCAGUAUAUACUGCAUCAGACGAAAGAGACUGAGGCAAAGAAUAGAGAUGAUGACAAAUUCCGGGCUCCCGGUUCAAGGCAAAGACAGGGAAAGCUUCCAUUAUAGUGAUCUGGAGGAAUACGAGUUUACGGGGGAAACACCAGACUUAUUUCCACCGUCUUAACUACCUCUGAACCAAUAUUGGUCUGAAUUAAAUUGUGCUUUUUGAAUGGCAAUUAACGGGGCUAAAACAUAGGUUUAAAGUAAAACUUCUUAGCUAUAAAGCGAGAUUAAACCCUUUUUUAAGAAAAAACGAAUCAGCUAGAAAUGUA